AUGAUAUCCAGGUUGCUGCGAGCAAGCCCCACGGCACUUCUCCUUGUCCUCUUCUGCAUGCUCUUCGGAUGGCAACUCAUUCUCGGAGGCGAUCGCGAGCAUGCCCUGUUACAGAAUUCCCUCAUCGUCUCACCUGAAGAAGCGGCUGCUGCUACCUCACCUUCUGUUCAAGUACCCAGGCGUCUACGUAUCGCUGUCAUCACCGCUGUCACCGAGGAAAGGUCGUACAUCCACUUGUCUCUCAAAAACAAGGAUCACUACUGCCGUCGCCACAACUACACCUUCAUAGUCGACUUUGAGCAACACUCCCCUUACGGCGUUUGGUGGUGGAAGUACAACAUGGUGCAGCGCUUGGCCAAGACUGGAGAAUACGACUGGAUCUGGUGGGUCGAUAUUGACACACUGUUCACCAACACAGACAUCAAGGUGCACGAGAUUAUCGAGGAUAAUCUCAAGCGUGCUCCGAACCCAGACGAUAUUGAUCUGCUGGUGACGCAUGACUGUAACGGUCUCAAUACGGGCUCGUUCCUUGUGCGCGGCCAUAAACGCAGCCUGGACCUGUUCCAAGCUAUCGACGAGGUCCGCGCAAGCGUGGCGGAAAAGGAGCACGACAAUAUUCUCGAGCAGGACGCCAUGGGACGGCUGCUCAAGUCGAAUCCCGAGGCCGCUGCAAAGUCACUCCGGUUACCCUCGUAUCUGAUGAAUGCGUAUCCUCCCGAGAUCAGGUGCUACGAGGACAAAACGGUGACAGACAUUUCCGCAGAGUGGAAGCCCGGCUACUUUUAUAUCCAUUUUGCUGGCGCAGGCAUAGUCGUUGGUGGCCAUGAUGCUGUGGGUAGGCUGAUGAGGAAGUAUGAGCAGUAUGUCAUCUGGGGAGACUGGAGAACCUUCUACGAAAACUAUGAAAGAUAG